CACAACAUGGCGGACUAGAAUAGUCGGCCGACGCGCCCGGAUACAGCGGAUAAACCGUGGGAUUUAAUAUCCAGGAAGACCAAGAAAGUACCCUGUGAAGGGACGCUGCGUUAGGGCGAAGUGAGGAUUUUUGGUGGAGGGGGGGGGCCUCCCUUCCCUACCUUGGAUUUAGCAGAUAAACUGCCCGCGAAGUGUUGACUGUGUGUCCCAGAUCGUGCUUCCCUCCUCUGCUAUCACCCAGGUCCCCCCACCCCGCUCACACACUCUCGGUUCCUGGGGUGUGGAGACGGGGGCCGGGGUUGAGAAACGUGGAAGCGAAAGAGCGGAUAAAUUCCUGCUUGGGUUUGAUUUUUUCCCCCCAUCCCUCCUCGGGUUUCCUCUGGGUGCUACAGGAGUUGUGGACCACGCUGUGCGAAUGAGUGAUUGAUGCCAACUUCGCUUCUUCAGGGCAGAAUGGGUGUGUGUCCCCUGCUCCUGCUGCUCGGUCUAGCCCUUGUGGCCUCGGCCCAGGAUCAUGCCCCCGUCACAAGUCCUCCAAAUAUCACUGCCAAACCCACAGACCCCCCUACUGCACCCUCCCUCAGCGUUACAGUCGCACGUACACCGGCCCACCCAGGCCCACCCACAACGCUUGGCCCAGUGAUGACAACAACAACCACCACCACCACAACCACACGCCCACCUGGUGAUGAGGAUGUACAACCUGGGGGUCCCAAUGACACCCUAAGAAUUUUACCAGUUCCUCCUCCCCCAUCCCCAGCUCCAACGGAUGCCCCUCAGGCACCACCGAGCACCGAUCCUCCCCCUCCCCCUCCCCCCACCCCAGCAGGGGGAGAAAACGAGACUGCAGCCUUGACUCCAGACAGCCCAACUGCAGAGACUGAUGACUAUAUAUCCUCCACGGAGACAGAGACCACCACAAAACCUGGAAGGGAGUUCACCUCACACUCCAGCCCACAGGACAAGAACCAGUCUGAUGACAUGCCAAUCAUAGCCGUGAUGGUGGCCCUGUCCUCCCUGCUGGUCAUCAUCUUCAUCAUCAUCGUCCUCUACAUGCUCAGGUUUAAGAAGUACAAGCAGGCGGGAAGCCAUUCAAACUCCUUCAGGCUGACCAACGGUAGAUCGGAUGAUACAGAACUCCAGAGCGUCCCGCUAUUGGCCCGUUCACCCAGCACAAACAGGAAGUACCCGCCCCUUCCUGUCGACAAGCUAGAGGAAGAAAUGAACCGUCGCAUGGCUGAUGACAACAAACUCUUCAGGGAGGAGUUUAAUGCACUGCCAGUCUGCCCCAUACAGGCAUCAUGUGACGCUGCUUCCAAGGAAGAGAAUAAAGAAAAGAACAGAUAUGUCAACAUCUUGCCAUAUGAUCACUCCAGGGUGCAUCUCUCACCUCUGGAGGGAGUCCCCGACUCUGACUUCAUCAACGCCUCCUUUAUAAAUGGUUACCAAGAGAAGAAUAAGUUUAUUGCAGCUCAAGGGCCAAAGGAGGAAACAGUCAAUGACUUCUGGCGAAUGAUCUGGGAGCAGAACACAGCGACCAUUGUCAUGGUGACCAAUCUGAAGGAGAGAAAGGAGUGUAAGUGUGCCCAGUACUGGCCGGACCAGGGCUGUUGGACAUACGGGAACAUCCGCGUAUCUGUAGAAGACACAAUGGUUUUGGUGGACUACACCAUCCGCAAGUUCUGCAUCCAACAGGUGGGAGAUGUGUCUGGGAAAAAGCCUCAGAGGCUCGUCACCCAGUUCCACUUCACCAGCUGGCCAGACUUUGGGGUGCCCUUCACCCCCAUUGGCAUGCUCAAGUUCCUCAAGAAAGUAAAGACUUGCAACCCCCAGUAUGCCGGGCCCAUUGUGGUCCAUUGUAGUGCGGGUGUGGGGAGGACAGGUACCUUCGUUGUGAUCGAUGCCAUGUUGGACAUGAUGAUCGCUGAGAGGAAGGUGGACGUAUUUGGCUUCGUCACCAGGAUCAGAGCCCAGCGCUGUCAGAUGGUCCAGACUGAUAUGCAGUAUGUGUUCAUCUUCCAGGCAUUGUUAGAGCACUACCUGUAUGGAGACACAGAGCUGGAGGUGACCUCUCUGGAGUCCCACCUGGCCAAACUCUACACCCCCUCACCUGGAGCUGGCUGCAGUGGCCUGGAGGCUGAAUUCAAGAAACUGACAUCCAUCAAGAUCCAGAAUGACAAGAUGAGAACAGGCAACCUGCCCGCCAACAUGAAGAAGAACAGAGUCCUACAGAUCAUUCCAUAUGAGUUCAACAGAGUGAUCAUUCCAGUCAAACGAGGAGAGGAGAACACCGACUACGUCAAUGCCUCUUUCAUUGAUGGCUACCGUCAGAAGGACUCCUACAUGGCGAGUCAGGGCCCCCUGCAGCACACCAUAGAGGACUUCUGGAGGAUGAUCUGGGAGUGGAGAAGCUGCUCCAUAGUCAUGCUCACUGAGCUGGAAGAGAGAGGGCAGGAAAAGUGUGCUCAGUAUUGGCCCAGUGAUGGAGUGGUGGUCUAUGGGGACAUCUCCAUCGAGCUAAAAAGGGAGGAGGAGAGUGAGAGCUACACGGUGCGUGACCUCCUGGUCACCAAUAACAGGGAGAACAAGGCUCGAGCAGUGCGUCAGUUCCAUUUCCAUGGCUGGCCAGAGGUGGGCAUCCCCACUGACGGAAAAGGCAUGAUCAAUAUAAUUGCUGCGGUGCAGAAACAACAGCAGCAGUCUGGCAACCACCCCAUCACUGUGCACUGCAGUGCUGGCGCUGGCCGGACAGGGACUUUCUGUGCAUUGAGUACAGUCCUGGAGAGGGUGAAGGCAGAGGGCAUCCUGGAUGUCUUCCAGACAGUCAAGAGCCUCAGACUGCAGAGACCCCACAUGGUGCAGACACUGGAGCAGUACGAGUUCUGCUACAAAGUGGUCCAGGAGUAUAUCGAUGCCUUUUCUGACUAUGCCAACUUCAAGUAGGGACCUGCCAUGGGUGGUUGGAUGGAUGGAUGGAUGGAUGGAUGGAUGGAUAGAUGGAUGGAUGGAUGUGGGCAUACACUUUACACAAACAAGCACCAGAACCUACACACACAUACGUUACCAUGCAGGAAGCUGCAUAUUCCCAUCUGAUGGAUUUUUAAGAAAAAAUAAAUUGACUCAUCACAACUUGAUCUGUGGAUGGGAUGAACUGCCUGGAGGAAAAGGGAACAGAUGUCUCGGCCCAGAAGACAGGGCAGUGCAGUCGGACAGAGAAAAUAACUGAGAUGCCUUCUUGAAUAUUUUGUAAUAUUGGUCUUGUUAAUACAGCCCUUCACCCCUAUUUCCUUCCCAUCUCUCCCCCCCAUAUGUAUAUAUAAUUACUGUGUUGCAUCUUAUUACUUUGGUUUCAGACACAGUUUUGAGUUUGGCUGCAUUUUCGGGUGGCACCUGUAAUGUAUUUUAUUGGUAUAUAUAUAAAUAUAUAAAUAUAUAUAGAAUAUAAAUCUGAUGCUUUGGAGGCUAAUGUAAAGUUUUUUUUUUAACUUCAUAGGGACAGAGACUUAAGACAUUUUUGGUGUUGCCUGAGCCACGCUGUAGCGACAUGUGUGUGGUAGCAGAACCCAGGAGUUCCUACAUUUACUGACAGAACCUGGAUUGUUUUCACUCCCAGACAUUCAUGCUCAGCCACACACACAGUCAGAGCCAUUUUUCUUCAUGCAGAAUUGGGUGCAUCUACUUGACCAAAACAUUUUUCAAGCCACUUACAAGUGAAAACGAUUGGAGAUCAGAAUCUCUGUGACGCCGCUCAAAGUCUCAGGUUGACACACACACACACAAAUACAAACAUCAGCAUACACAUUUAUUACCAGAAGCAUUCAUGUCUUUUGAGCAUCUGCGUGUGUGUGUGUGUGUUUGUUUGAGCUGGAGCAUAAGCUGGCAGCGAGGACACAGUGUGUUUCACAUCUCUGUCUUCUGUCUGCUGAGUGCCAAAGUCCUUCACUAACUUGGUUGUGCAGCUCUAAAGUCUGAGGCUCUACCAACCGUGUUUAGACAUUCAGUACAAGAAAGCUACUUUACUGUUUAAGGAUCAGCAACCAACACAUUCCCAGACUAUAACAAGGAUUUGGGAAAGUAGAAAAUGUAGUAUAGAAAUAUAAAUAAAUAUAAAAGUUAGGAGAAUUGGUCAAGCUUUUAAAUGAUUUUGAUUUGAUUUUAAGGUCUGUUACAGUAUCAGCAGCAAUGCCCGUCAUGUUGGCAAACCAAAUCUCAAACAAAACAAUCAGAAGUAACUCCAUUAUUGCAUCAUAGAAAUCAACAAAUGUUAUUUACCCAGCAUAUUUCUUUUUUCUUGUUUACAGACAUACAUCAGUAUUUCUUGUAGAUUGUAUUGAUACAUUUCUUUUCUGUAUGGGCUUCCUUUGAGUCUGCCUGAAUUAACUGUCAUUUCUUAUUUUAUUGGGUUGUUUUGUUGUUUUUUUUUAUCAGCCUCACAUCACUACGCUGUGCUGUUCACUGUUUUCAAGAAUGAUUCCCUUCUAUUUCCCACCAUGAACACUGAUACUGAAGAAUGUUCCCCUUUAUUGAGAUGCUGUUGCUAACAUAUUCCUCAAAGAUGGAUGCAUUGUUACUUUUAAUAGUGGAGGUGUGCCAUGAAAUAUUUGCAAUGAUUUCUUUUUUUCAAAUGGAUAUCCUGUGAGGACACUCAGGCUUGAAAUUCAGUGGGGUUUUUUUUUUUUUUGUUUUGUUUUUUUUUAAAUAAGGUCACAAUUGAGAGCAUACCCUUUAUGAUUGUACUGAAAGAUGAAUGAUGUCAGUUAAACACAGGGCUUCAGGUCAGUCCUUAUUUCAGCUCAGGAAAUGACUGAUGCCAGGAUUGUUUAAAUUUACAAACUGAGCAAAUCUGAGCUAGAGUUCAUCUCCAAACCUGACUCAUGUUCAAAUGGUUUGAACUCCCAUAGGAGGACUAAUUCAGAUGUCAAGCCUCAUCCAGGUUUUAAUGUCAUGAUAUUAAAAAUGAUAUUUCUUUUAGAGGUUUUUAAGCUAU